AUGGCGUCCCUCAGCAAGCUGUCUACAGCAUUGAUGCUGUGCCUCCUUCCAGCUGUCCACCCACAGGAAGUUGUUGUCGACGGGAUUGUCCAAGAAGAUGUUUACUUCUACGGCCAAAGUCCACCAGUGUUCCCUUCGCCAGAAACCAAUGCCACAGGCUUAUGGGCCGAUGCCAUCUCACGGGCACGUGACAUGGUAGCCCGGAUGACUCUGGACGAGAAAGUCAGUAUCACUGGGGGUAUCGUCAACAGCACGAAUGGCUGCGGCGGUAAUAUUCCGAGCGUGGAACGAGUUGGCUUUCCGGGGAUGUGCCUGCAGGACGGAGCAAAUGGUGUCAGAGAGACCGACUUUGUCAAUGGUUAUGCUUCAGGUGUCCAUGUCGGCGCAAGCUGGAACCGCAAUCUGACCUAUGCUCGAGCCCAUGGCUUUGGUGGUGAGUUCCGCCGCAAAGGUGCUACAGUAGCACUUGGUCCGAUGAUUGGUCCACUCGGUCGCAUCGCUCUGGGAGGUCGAAACUGGGAAGGCUUCAGUCCUGAUCCAUACUUGUCCGGCAUAUUGGUAGCAGAGACUGUUCAUGGCAUCCAGGACCAAGGAGUCAUUGCUACCACUAAGCAUUUUGUUGGGAACGAGCAAGAGCUACUCCGAAAUCCUCGGCUCGACGCCUCCAAUGACAACAAGACCAUCGAAGCCUCUUCUACCAACAUGGACGACCAGACUAUGCAUGAGUUGUACAUGUGGCCUUUUGCAGAUGCGGUCCAUGCUGGAACCGGCUCGAUCAUGGGAUCAUACCAACGACUCAAUAACAGCUACGCAUGUCACAACAGCAAAGCACUCAAUGGCCUCUUGAAAACCGAGCUUGGUUUCCCGGGCUUUGUCAUGAGCGAUUGGUUCGCCCAGCAUGCAGGUGUUGCGAGCGCACUUGGCGGCCUCGAUAUGGUUAUGCCUUUCGGUUUCGAAUUUUGGGGUGACAACUUGACUGAAGCCGUCGCCAACAGCUCAAUACCAGAGUUAAGAGUCGAUGAUAUGGCAACCCGCGUCCUCGCAGCAUGGUACCUUGUAGGCCAAGACACGGUCGACAUCCCGAUGGCCAUCGGGAUCCCACCGAGUCAUCUUCGGCAGCAUCCCUAUAUUGAUGCGAGAGAUCCAGCUGAUGAUGCGACGAUCUUGCAAGGAGCUAUUGAGGGGCACGUCCUUGUCAAGAACACAAACAAUGUCUUGCCGCUGCGUAACCCAAGGAUGAUAUCAGUGUUCGGCUACGACGCUAAGAAUCCAAAUGCGAACACGCCUGCACAAGGCUUCAGCGGGUGGUCAACAGGCUUACAAUCUCAGAACUAUGUCGCUGUAGUCUGUGGCUUCGGGACUGGCUACGGUCCACGCGGCGCAGAAGGUUGCCCACCAUUCUUACCCAUCGGACCAAACGGCACAAUGAUAACAGGAGGAGGUUCUGGCGCCGCGACUUCAGCUUAUAUUGACUCGCCCAUUGAAGCAUUACAGCGACGCGCUCGUCGCGACAAGACGGCCGUUUUUUGGGACUUUGACACUGUCAGUGCUAAUAGCACAGUCGAUCGGACUAGCGAUGCGUGCCUUGUGUUCUUGAACGCUGCUUCCUCUGAGGGUAUUGAUCGGCCAGCAUUACGAGACGAUUUUUCGGACACGUUAGUGACGAAUAUCGCUGCACAAUGUAACAAUACGAUUGUGGUGAUACACAACGCAGGCGUCAGACUUGUUGACCAAUGGAUCGAGAACGAAAAUGUCACGGCUCUCAUCUUCGCUCAACUUCCUGGUCAAGACUCGGGUGAAGCUUUGACUCAGAUCCUGUACGGAGAUGUAUCUCCAAGCGGCAAGCUUACUUACACUGUCCCGCGAAACGAGUCCGAUUACGGUAAUCUCCUUGAACCCGUUGGCUACGAAGGCUGGGAUCGUUACUUCCCCCAAGACAACUUUACUGAAGGUGUCUUUAUCGAUUACCGCCACUUUGAUCAGCGGGGUAUCGAGCCGCGAUAUGAAUUUGGAUUUGGGUUGAGCUAUACCACAUUUGAGUACUCAAACCUGAACAUUGAGGUUGUGACUUCGAACCUGACGGAGUAUCCUGUAGGACAGAUCAUCCCUGGAGGCCAAGCGGACUUAUGGGACGUGGUAGCUCGAGUCAGUGCUACGGUGAGCAAUACUGGCGGGGUCGAAGCUGCUGAGGUUGUGCAGCUGUAUCUUGGUGUCCCGGGUGGGAAUCAACCUAUACGGCAGCUUCGUGGCUUUGACAAGGCCGUAAUACCAGCUGGUCAGAGCAGGGACGUGUCUCUUGACUUGAGAAGAAGAGAUGUCAGUGCUUGGGAUGUUGUGGCUCAACAAUGGAGGGUUGCAGUGGGACAGGAUUACACAGUCGAGGUUGGCGCAAGUUCGAGGAAUCUGCCAUUGAAUGGAACGCUGGUGUUCUAA